GGCUUGGCAACACUGAACGGGUUACCGGCAUGUUUUUCUUCUGCAAAAGUGAAAAUGCGUGGUGUUUCGUGCUGUUAUGCUUCCCUCUAAAACAAUUUAUCUAAAUUUGUUUUUAACGAGAAAUGGUUCGCUCUUGGUAAAUUUAUACAAUAGGAAAGUGCAUAAUAUAAGGUAAGAAAAUGGAUACGUGCAUUUUUGCCCCGGUCGUGAGUCAGGAAGAGUGGGAAACCGUACCCGUUGAAAUUGGCAAGAAAAUUUCAAAGUUUGUUAAUGAAAAAUUCGAGGAAUUUAUCACUUCUAAAGCACUUUUAGAGACCAAGACCACUAACUCAGAAAAAAGCUAUACGGAGCUUAAGGAACAAAAUGAGUCCACGCAGACCGAGAACGAAGCUCUCAAAGCUCGGCUGGAAGCCGCUAGUACGUCUAUUACAGAGCUGGAAACACAAGUUUCCAGACACUUAGCUGAACUGGUUAAGUUACAAGCCCAGUCCAAUCAGCUUGAGGCAGAGGCAGCAGAAUUUCGUCAUCAGCGUAACAUGGCUGUGGAUGAGCGCGAUGAACACCUCACAAUGAUCCAGAGACGCAAUGCGGAGAUUGAACGAAUGAAAUUAGACCUCGAGACUCUCACGAAACAGUUAGAAGAUGCUGUGACCACUAAAUGUGAAGCUCUAGCCAAGGCUGAUGAAAUAGCUUCGAUGAAAGUUACUUUAGAGUAUAAAGAGAAACGUUUAGAGCAGGAGAGAUCGUUAAUGAACAGUCAGAUUGAAAGUUUAACUGCGGAACUGCAUGAAAGAACUGAAGAACUGUUAAAUAUGCGACGCGAUAACACGUCCCGAUGCAUCCAACUCGAAACCAAACUGGCAGAGAAAACUCAAGAAUUGACAGUGGCCCAAGAACAAGUCAACUUCUUCACGGAACUGAAUCAGAAUUUAACGAGUAGAAAUGAGGAACUCGCUCAGAAAAUGUUCGCCCAAAGCGAGACACAUGCCAAAACAAACGAGUCCUAUGUGUGUGAAAUUGAGGCUAAAACCAAAAUGGCCAACGCUUACAAGGCUAUGUACGAGGAGAGUCAUCGGCAUGCUGAAGAACUAAAAGAUGCCUUAAGCGAGGUUCAAGAAUUGUUAAGGCAAGCAACUGAACAGUAUGGUGAGCUCGAAACCAAACACAAGGAGACUGAGUUGGCUAACGAGGAGAUAAUUUCAAAGAAAAAUGAUUGUAUCGCUAUGCUAAAGAAGGAACUUGAAACGGCCAAUGAAAUUAUGGAACAAACUAGACAUGAUUCAAUAGGAAAAGAUUUAGAAGGUCUGUCACCAUCGGCAGCUUCAGCUUCAAGACUAAUAAAAUCCGGCAUGACCUACACCGAAGUUUAUUCUCGCUACGUGUCCGUGAACGAACAGUUAACCACCAAAGAAGAAGAAUGCAAGAGACUUAACAACUACAUAACCUGCAUCGUGGCAGAAAUUGAAGAAAAAGGUCCCCUGAUCAAGAAACUUCGCCAAGAAUACAGCGACACCUUGGACGCGAACGACGCGCUCAAGGCUUCGAACGAUUCCCUUUUGGCCGAAUUACAACAACUACGCGACGCCAACUCGGAAAACCGAAGGUUAGAAAGUCAGGUUAUGCGAGAAAACGAGCGAUUCAAGAAGGAGGUCGCCGAUUUAUCCAGACAAGUCGUUCAUUUACUCCAGGAAGUCGAACAUUCACGAAUCGGAUCAUCUUCGACCUCCACAGACAACGAUUUGAGUGACAGCAUCAGUUCGGCCGAUAUAAUCUCAAAACGAUUAGUCACCUUCAACGAUAUCGCCGAACUACAAGCCAACAACCAAAAAUUACUAGCUCUGGUGAGAGAUUUAACUGAACGCCAAGAAGAAGCUGAGUCAUUCGAUCCCGCUGCUAUAGCCAAUCUCCAAAGGAAGUUAGAAGAGUUGAGGGAGUCCCAAAACGAGCUCCUCGAAGAGCGCGAUCAACAAACCAAGAUGAUGGCCACGUUAAGAAACCAGCGAGAUAUGUAUAAGAACAUGUACGGUCAAGUAAUGAAGGGUGCUGGGGAUAUGUCGAUGGAUAAGAGCUUCCCUGGCGCUGAAAACGGAGAUAACUCCAAAGCUCAGUCAGAUGCGGAUUCCUCACCGAAUUACGACGAGAAAAUGCACGAUUUGGAGGUGCAAAUCGAUAAAUACAAGAAACAAAUCGACAUGCUCAAGGAAGAGAACGAUACAUACCGAAAAGAACGGUUAGAUCACGAAAAAAUACUCCUGGAACAAAUAGAAAGCAUCCGCGGCGAGGCUAAAGAACUCACCAGGCUCAAUUGCAAACUAACCUCCCAAGCUGAACUGAACGAAGAAAAAUUCAAAAUCCUACAAAACAACGCCGAAAUCUACAAGAAACAAAUCGGCGCUUUAGAGAAACAGAACAAAAUAUACAGCGAAGCUAUCAUUAAACACGAACAAGCCGCUACAUAUCUCAAGGAUGAAGCUCUUCAGUGCCAAACCAAACUGUCCAAGGCCGAGGUAAUGCUAGGUAACAUUCAGAAAGAAAACGCUUUACUAAAGGACGGUGAAAAAAGACUGUUGAAAGAGUGCGAGAUGUUUAAGAAACACGCUCACCAACAAAACUUGCUUCAGAGCAACAUAGAAUUGAUAAAGGUCACUUUAGAACGUAACGACGCCGAGAGUAAGCUACGUUUGGAAGCCAGAUUGGACGAAGCCCACCUGGAAUGUUCUUCGUUACGUCGACGACUCGGGGAAGAACAGAAUCACUUUAGAUCUCUAUCAGAACACUUGGAAAAACAAGCGAAACAAGCUGUGGAACGUAUGGAAGAAGAGAAAAAAGAAGCUGAUAAGUUAAGGAGAGAGAUAACUGAAGCUAGGGAAGAGUUAAUCAAUAAAACAAACCACAUCGACGAACUCUCCAAGAAGCUGAAAAGUUCCGUCUUUGCUAUACCCGACGCCAGCGUAGAAGGUCGCAAAAUCAGAGACCUUGAACAACAAUUGACAGAUGCACAAGCCGAGAUCAGUUCCCUCAAAACCAAACUGAAAGCGACUAAAGAAGCGUCGGAAGAGUACUUUAACGUGGCACAAGCCGCCGAGAACCAACUCAAGGAGGUCCUGGAGCAAGAACAAAACUUGAAGGACGAGAUCGAACGCCAGAUGCAACUUGUUAAAGAGCUCCAAGAAAAAUGUUCCGAACUCGAAGGCGAACUGUCCAUACAAAUGGACGACCAGGACAUAGCAAGUGCCGGUAUUAAAACCAAGUCGCAACAGCUUCAGGAGGAGUUGAACGUGCGCAACAUGGACUUGCGCACUGCCAGGCAACAAUUGGAGAACGCCAGAAGCGACAUCAAGGCGCUCAACGAGCAGCUGAAGAUCGUCGAGAACAAAUACGCCAGGGAAGUGACGUUGCAUUCGGCAGACUUGCAAACACUCACCGACAUAAAGGCUGAACUUGAUCAAACUGUUGAUCGCAUCAGAAUUUUAGAAUCGGAAAAACAACGGGCGGAGGACGCUUUGGCUGAGCACCAACAAAGCGCCGAAGAGCAACAAAGAAUCCUCAACGAAGAACGCGAGAAAUUGGAGGAAAGGUUCAAAAACAUGGACGAUCAAAACAGUCUUCUUCUGGACCAGAUUCAGCAACUUAACACCCAGUUAACCAUCCUACAGGCACAGGCUUCGGCUGAUGCCCAAGUAGGCCACAACACCAGUCUUCCUUCAGCUGAUACCUCAUUCAAUCGGUCUUUGACAGAAGACGAAGUUAGUUCUUCGGACCAACUCUUGAAGAUUAUUAAAUACUUGAGACAAGAGAAGGACAUUGCUGUUAGUAAAGCCGACAUAAUCGAAGCUGAACACUUUAGAUUAAAAGCUCAGUAUGACGCGCUAUCUAAACAACUUGAAGAAGCCAAGGCUUUGAUGGAGAUUGAAAGGCAGAAGAAUGAAGUUUCGGUGGUAUCCGCUUCGAAACAUGCCGAGGUGUUGCGCAAGCUGGAAACUCUUAACGCCAUCACCGAUAGUAACAGAGCGCUAAGACACGAACGUGACGAAUUGCUAGCGGAAAUAACGACACUAAGAGCUAGAACUGAGAGGCUUGAAGCUGAGGUAGCUCCUUUGGAGGAAAGGAACAGGGACUUGAUGACCAAAGCUGAUCAGAUGCAAACUGAAAAUAUCUCGCUUCGCGGAGAAUGUACCAGAUGGAGACAGAGAGCUAAUCAACUUAUCGAGAAAACUAAUAGAACUAGUCCAGAGGACUGGAAGAAAUUGCAGACAGAAAGAGAGACUCUGGCUAAACAACUCACUAUUGAAAGAGGAAACACAGCCAAACUUACCGAAAAUAAUAAUAUUCUGAAACAAAACAAUCACAAACUCGAAGAACAGCUCAAGGCUUUGAAUAUUCAGAGCAGGAACCAAGCAGAAGAGAUUAGUUCUCUUAGAGAACAAGUUGCAGCGCUACAAAACCAAGUUUCCGAGCUUACACAGAACUUGGAUCAACAAGUGCAGAACAACGGGAAAAUCACUGAAGAAAACCGAGUUCUUACCGAAGAUACGGCGGGUAAAGACGUCACAAUUACCGAGCUAAGAAACAAUCUUUCGCAAAUUCGAAGAAUCGCAAAGAAAUACAAGAACCAGUAUGAAGACCAAGUCAAGGAAGUGGAAGCUCUGAAGCAACAAACCGAACAGAACCAAAGCGAGCAGAACAUGAGCGCGGAAAAACAGAACCAAGCUCUGGAACAACAACGCACUGAACACGAGGAGCGCAUGAACCAACUCGAAGAAGCGCAUCGCGAAGCUAGCGAUCAACUCAACCAGCAAAUCGCCGGCGGUCAAGAACAAAUCGAAUCGCUGAAAACUGAAAUCGAGCGCUUGAAGCAAGCUAGCCAAGAGACUGAGGAGAAAUACAAGGUCUUGUUCAAGAACGCUAGGGAAAGGAUUGUGAAUCUUACCGAGCAGAACGCCAGUCUCAACGAAGAACUGAAUAAAAAGGAUAGAUCUCAAGCCGAAAGGGUUAAACAAGUAAGCCAAGACACCGAGGAGAAGUAUAAAAUAUUGUUUAAGAACGCUAGAGAGAGGAUUGUUAAUCUUACCGAACAAAAUGCCGGUCUCAAGCAGGAAUUGAGCAAAAAAUCUGGUUCCGAAGCUGGUGGGGAAUCUUCUACAGAAAGCGGAAGAAGUAAUAAUGACUUGUGGGAGAAAAUCAAUCUACUUUUGCAGGAGAAAGAGGGGCUUUUGGCUAAGAUUGAGCAGGAUAAAGAGUCCCAUAACGCAGAAAUGGAGACUCUUAACCAGAGGAUCAGUCAACUCGAGAGAAAACUCGGGCAACAGCAAAGUUCGAAACCCAGCACUAGCUCGGCCUCUAGCGAGAAAUCUUCUACGGAAAGACCGACAGCUGAUAUAAAACCAAUGGCGGGUCAUUCUACAAACACUCAGACCCAAUCAGUUCCUAUACCCCCCUGGAGAAGCGGCGCUGAGACUCCUCUGGCCAGCAUCAGACCCAUGUCUCAACAGCUCAGAACAGCCGCCGUUUUACCCACUACCCAAACCCCCAGCGCCGUCAUGGUUCCUCCCCAGCAGCAGGUUCACACUACAGGGUCCUCUUCGAUUGAAGCGAUGUCCAGCAGUCCUACUUCUUCCCACACCGAUUACGUUCCGGCUACCAGUUCGGCCAGUUCGGCUAUGCUCGGUCCCAGGCAAGUCGCCGUGCCGCCUACUCAGUCUUCCGAGGAUGACGACAGCAACGUGCAGGUUCAGGCGGCACCGCAGCAGCAGGCUUUGGCCGUGGUGUCGCCCAGAGUGGAACCUCCCUGUAGCGGAAGUACUCAGGAGCAAGGUACCAGUUCGAGCAGCUCGAAUACGGUGACCACGACUCAGGCGGGGUUGAAGCGACCUAGGGAUGCCGAUACGGAGGUGUGUCAGGGGCAGGAGCAGUCGUCCAAGACGCAGCAGCAGAGUAAAAGGAGCCGUGUGCAGCAGGCCGGAACUACUAGCGAGACUAUGAGAGGAAUGGACGUGGAGUAUCAGGUGCCGACCAGCAGCCAGCGGGAUCACGACGAUGACAACGUCAUCGUGGUGGAGAGUGACGAUGAUGCCGGCCCGGAUGAGGGUGAAGGCGAUGAUCAGGACGAUCCUGACGAUACCGAAGGCUACGACAUGGAAGAAAUGGAGCAAGACAAUUAUGAAGAUGCUGACUGCCAGGAUGUAGAGGACGAAGAAGAGGGUGGCAACAACGAGGUGGAGGUUAUCAACGAAGUCGAGGUCAUCGACGAUUCGAGCGAAGUUCCCAACCAGAGCGAGGCGCGGGAAAGUCCCGAAGAGGAAAGUACCGAGCAGCAAGCCCAGUCCCAAGCGAUCAGCAGCGGAACAGACGCCUUGGCCCAUCUAGGUACCGCCGCCAACUCCACUUCCUCCCCCGCCCCCGGCCCCUCGUCGUUCUCGUCCCGUUCGAGGCCGGUCGCGCCCCUCCCCUACCACCACCUCCGCCACCACUCCGCCUCCAGCGGCCUGCUGGACGAGGCCGGCGCCGCUUUGGUGGACGACGGUAUCGUUCCCUCGACGCCCACGCUGUUCGCGCCGCGACGCCACGACGGCUUCGGCGAAGCUGUGAGCUCGCCGCACGUGCCUUCAGGUGGCGCGGGCAGGUUCACGUUCAACGAGUCGCCCCUGGUGGCGGGAGUCGGUGCGGGUGGCAGCGGUGGGGUGCAAGGACGGCGCGAGGCGGUGCCGGAGCACCGGCUCGAGGUGCCGCAAGCCGAUGAUGAUAGUACCGGACGCAGCGUGCCCACGACACCCCUGCAAUCUUCGCCUCAAGAGUCCAUCCCUGUAGUGGCAGAGGAUCAGAGCGAUCGUCAAACCACCCAGAGCGAUGCUGAACUACCCCAAGAACUAGUAACUGGUGGAGAUGAGGCCAGGGAAGGAAUGUUGGACGAUCUGACUGGCCAGGCUGGAACUUCUUCAGAAGAAGUUCGCGACAGGGGCGACUUAGAAGGAGAUGAUGGGGUUAGUUCUGAAGGAGAGAAACAGCCUUCGACAGAGGAAGGCGAAGAGGAAGGUCGCGAAGCCGAAGCUUCCCAAAGCACCAACUCGUCGAGAGCGAGAAGUCUUAGGGGACCGGGACACCCCAACAGACGGUCUUCCAGACCUGGGAUGAGCCCUAGGGGUUCCAGGCAAGGACCGACUCCCAUAGUUUGGGGCGAUCAGAGGAACUCGCCCAACAGACAACAACAUCAAGAUCGCGGACGGAGUUCUCCGAACUACGGGGCCCGCGCCGUAGCCAGAAGAGCCCGAAGUAGACUACAGAGGCCUUUCGGAGGUCGAUUCUAAACCUUAGUCGUAUUUUCUCAUUCCAUGCAAGUUAUGAAUCAAGGAUUUUUUUCACAAUCGCUACAAUAUAGUCUAUAACGUUUUUAGUUUAUUAAUUUUUUAAUGUAUAAUUUCUCAUUGUUUAUAAGAGUAGCGUUUUUCAAUUUUUCAUUUAUUAUUUUAGUUUUUUGUUCUUUCGCUGUGUAACAGUGUAAAAAAUUGACUGAAGCAUUAGUUUCCGGCUCUACGUUUAAUAGUAAGGUUAAGAUUGCUGUACUAUUAAAUUAUCUUAUAUUGUUCAUUAUUAUAUGUGGUGUAGUAAUUAAAAAUAAAAAUCUGUUGCAGUGAUAAAAA